UUUAACCCUCAGUUCGUUAUUUCUGGCUUUAAGGAGUUUACCAGAGCAGAGUUUAGAGGAAUGUACCUACUGGUUGAAUUUGUGGAUGAGGGAACAACAAGCCCGGUGGCAGCAGAGUGGUACCAUGAGGGCAUAUCAUGGUGGCCUCCAUACACAGUCAAAGCCAAACUUCUAAAAAGUAUCCGAGGCAGUGAGGUCCCAAAUGUGAGCAGAGGAUGGACACAGCACCAAGCUCGUAUCCUUUACAGCUCAGUGAUGUCACAGGAUGAGUGCUUCCAGACAAAUGUUCAGGGAUACUCGGAUGAAACCUCCUUCCCAGAAUCUAGACAAGUGAUGUCAAAGGCCCGGUCCUAUCAGGGAAGAAUUCAGGAUGCUUGGUUCACUGAACCAACACAGCAGAUGAUGUCACAAAUCCAAUUGCUCAGUCAAGAUGGACAGUCCACCAUCACAGAACAAAUGACAGAAGACAAUCAAAGUGUUGGUUUGGAAAGCCACUGUGACAUUCUGUCAGCAGGACCAGCUAACGCACCUAGAGUCCGUCUGCCUACAGGCCGACUAGUUCCGGGUCAAUGCACACCAGCAGAGAGGGCCAUCUUAGAGAUGCUGGGGGAACUGCAGCUCCAGGUCCAGCAUCUCACUUCUGUUAUUACCCAAAGAGGCCCCUUUUUGGGUAACAGCAGCCUGAAGAUGCCACCUGCACCAGCAGAUAAAGAGGAAGAAGAUGGACUUCCACUGGAAAGCAUUCAGGCCUUGAAUGACUUUGAAGUCCAUCUUCAAAACAAGAUCUUCAAGCAAAAAUUGGUGUCAAAACUGUCACUGGUUGGGGGGCAAACACUUAAAAAAACAGUGUGGCGGAUUUGUGGCAAAGUGUUUGCUCCUCAACUAGCUGUGCAGUUGAACUGGUGUGGCAGAGGAGAGAAAACGGCCAUCAAAAACACACACCUGAAAGACACAAUUGUCUUAUCAGCAAUGAGAAACCCGCUGCUCCCCACUCCAAAUGAGGCUGAAGCUGAGAAGAUAAUUAAAGAGUGGCUUCGCCUUUCCAGUGACAGGCUCAGAAAAAGGCAGCGAUAGUUUUUACAUUUAUUUUAUGUUUUAUAUAUAUAAUAGUUUAUGUAUAUAUAAAUACUUGUAAAUAUGUUCUGUUUUUUAAAAGUUAAGGCUAACUUAGUAGUAUGUAAGUUAUUAUAUAUUUAUAUGUGUAUGUUAAAAUAAGAAACAUUUUAUAUC